AUGGUGACUUCUGAAGGUCACGGUGAAGAGUCAACGACGACUCCUCGAGCACCUGACGAGCCGACGUUGAAAGCGAAGGAUUUCGAGAAGAUGAAGAAGCUAGGCGUCGACGAGGACGAGGAGGACGACGACGAGCUGCAUGAGAGCCACCAGUCCACCACCUCCUCACAUUCUUCCGGCGAUGGCGACGUGGACUCUUCGUCAGGUGACGAGACCGACGAUGAAGAAGAUCUGCCGGAGCAGUCGUUUCACGGAGUGCUGCCCGGGUCCGUGAUCGCCGCCUACCUGGCCGAUCCGGUUGCGAAUCCAGCCGCUCAAUCACUGUACACCAUGACAGCUUCACGUGGCGCUCAUUCGUUGUUCGCAACCGGUGGCGCCUACGAGGAAAGCCCUCGGCCUCGUGGCGCUGAUCAGGUGUUGACCCUUCGUCAACCACCACAUCUUGUCGACGAGAAACCCCGUAACUGUUAUUCGGCUGCCACCCCGUCCACCAGCAAUUUCAUCUCACUAGUCACCGAUUUUGACGCCUCGCUCGCUCAUCCGUCUUGUUGCAUGGUAACCAAUUUCGUCACAGUUUUUUUCGUAUCUGUUGUACUUUUCUGUGAGUGUGUACGUGUACAGAGGCGCACAGCGCCGAUUUACCUCACUACUUACCAGUUUAUUCAUUCUGAGGUGCAUGUACACACACGCACACCACGAGGUCGAGUAAAGUGGACAAUUUCGUGCCGGCCACAUAUCGAGGUCAGCCCCAUGUAA